AUUAUGUAAUUCGUACCUACAAUAUAUUAAGUUUGUGUGUAGUAUAUAAAACAAAUAUUUUAACGUAAGUAAUCAAAUAACUUACUUUAUCUUGCUAUUGAUUGACCUCUGCACUAAAACGAGCUGAGAUAAGAAUAUCAGUUAUGAAAUUAAUUUGUAGGGUGAAGAACAAAAUAUUAACAUCAUGGUUUCGAGACGUAUUGUAAAUUCGAAAAAUAUUUUGCUUGCAACUAUUAACGCGCGUGCUUAUAGUGAUGUGAGUAAACAUGCACUUAAGACUUCUUUAUAUGGAUUACAUGAAAGAUAUGGUGGUAAAAUUGUUGAUUUUGCUGGCUUUCUCCUGCCCGUUCAAUACUCUGAUAUGAGCGUAUCCGUUUCUCACUUAUUCACAAGAAGCAAUGCAUCUAUUUUUGAUGUCUCUCAUAUGUUACAAACAAACGUACACGGAAAAGAUAGCAUUGAUUGGUUUGAAUCCUUAUGUCCUGUAGAUCUGAAAGGUAUGGCCGAUGGUACGAGUUCGUUGACAGUAUUUUUAAACGAUAAGGGCGGUAUCAUCGAUGAUUUAAUAGUUACGAGAGUUAACGAAAAUCAGCUUUACAUAGUUUCAAAUGCAGGCAGGUUAGAUGUAGAUAAAAAACACAUGCAAGAGACUUCUGAAAUCUACCGCAAGAAAAAUAAAGAUGUGGUUGUAGAUUUCUAUGAUGUUUCUCAAAGAGCACUUAUCGCAGUACAAGGUCCUAAGGCUGCACAGAAUUUACAACCAUUGACAAACAUUCGGUUGGAAGAUUUAACUUUUAUGACGAGCAGAAUCGGUUCUGUAGCGGGCGUAGAAUGUAGAAUAACACGAUGUGGAUACACUGGUGAGGAUGGUGUUGAGAUAUCAAUUCCAGCCGCGAAAGCGGAUGAAGUUACUGAAGCAUUGUUACAAUCAAAAGAUGUAAAAUUAGCUGGUUUAGGAGCAAGAGACUCAUUACGCUUAGAGGCAGGAUUGUGUUUAUAUGGAAACGACAUCAAUGAAAGAGUAACUCCAGUCGAAGCAAAUCUGACUUGGUUAAUAGCAAAAAGACGUAGAGGUGAAGCUAAUUUUCCCGGAGCAGAUAUUAUUCUACGGCAGAUUAGGGAAGGUGUGAGUAAAAGAAGGGUGGGAAUCAGACUGGAAUCGGGAGCUCCUGCAAGAAAGGGAGCUGUGUUGAAAAAUGUGAACGGUGAAGUCAUUGGAAAUAUUACAAGUGGAUGCCCUAGUCCUUCACUCGGCGGAAACGUUGCUAUGGGAUAUAUUCUAGAGCCCUUUAAAAAAGUUGGUACAGAAUUAAAAGUGAACGUAAGAAAUAAAGACAUCAAUUGCGCAGUGGCAAAAAUGCCAUUUGUACCAUCAAAAUAUUACAUAAAGAAAUAAAACCAUAUAUUUCAUAAAA